UCUUUUUUACCUUUGUAUCUAAACCAACCUUCUAGUCAUCCUCAACAUGGCUACUUUCUUUGGUUCCCCACCAAUUUUCUCCCUCCCACUUACGAGAACUCAUCACAUUUCUUCAUCAUCACAAACACCACCACCAACACCUUCACCAACUCCUCCCUCACAGUCUCAGCCCCCGACUUCAUCUCCACAGCUAAGAACAACAAAUUUGAAUGAGGAAUCAGUGCAAGUGUCUACUGAAGCACAGCAACAGAAGCCCAUCAAACCUGUCACUUCAUCAACUAAGGUUGAAUCCACAGAUUGGAUUGCCACUUCUUUGACCAGACGGUUUGGACUAGGAGCUGGUCUUGCAUGGGUUGGCUUUCUUGCAUUUGGUGUCAUCUCAGAACAAAUUAAGACCCGCUUUGAGGUUUCUCAGCAAGAGGCAAAUACAAGGAACGUUGAGAAAGAGGAAGAGGUGGUGCUUCCUAAUGGCAUAAGGUACUAUGAGUUGAAAGUUGGAGGUGGCGCUUCGCCAAGGCCAGGUGAUUUGGUUGUGAUUGAUAUUAUGGGAAAAAUUGAAAGCACUGGAGAAGUGUUUGUGGACACAUUUGAGGGUGACAAGAAACCAUUGGCUCUAGUAAUGGGGUCAAGGCCAUAUAGUAAAGGAGUGUGUGAAGGGAUAGAACAUGUACUAAAAACCAUGAAAGCUGGAGGCAAGAGGAAGGUAAUUGUCCCUCCUCAAUUGGGGUUUAGAGAGAAUGGUGCUGAUUUAGGCACUGGUGUGCAAAUUCCUCCACUUGCAACACUAGAAUACAUUGUAGAAGUUGAAAAAGUCUCCAUUGCACCCGCUUAAUGAUUCAAUGCAAGCAUGUAAAUUAUGGCCAAAUCAAGUUUUCCUUUAGUCCUAAGCAUUGUUGAUAGUUCCUUAUAAUCCAAUAAUGCAUGGUGCUGAGCAUGUAUCAUGUAAAGUUAUCCAUUUCUUUUCUCAUUCUUUUUUAUGGGAUUGAAAGGUAAUUUACAUUUUAACUAUCAAUAACUGAAUUUUGGAGGCCAUGAUGGGGCUUUAUCUUUUACUUGACUCAGACACUCUAAAUUUCAUCACAUCUUGUUAUGUUCAACUUGUAUCGAACUUCUUGUUACUCCUAUGCAUGCAGAAUUUGAGUUUUAUAUUCAAAUAAUAGUAUCUCGGCUUGUAUCUGCCAAGUUGGUUCACAACAUAAACAAAUUGAUCAUGCAAUUGUGAUGUCCACAGUACACGGGGCCUCCUUGGUGGAGGAUGAUAAUUAUUCUCUGUGAAAGACUAUAAAACAGAAUGAGAAAACAUGGUGUAUUGUAUAUUGAAUUGUAUAUGUACACUUACAACAGAGAGAUUUAUAACAAAAGGAAAUGGAAAAAACUAACAGAAUUGAUACAUUUCAU